ACGAUAAUUGAAGUGAAUUAUUAAUCCAGUCUUUUCAUCGACCUUUAUUUGUUUCGAUCUAAACAAAACAUCUUCUUGACUGAUGUCGUCGAAUUAUCGCACGUAUAAAAGCGCCGGUGGCAAUAAUCGCGAAGCCGGCAGAUUUUUACAAAUUCAAUAAUUUGCUGGUAUAUGAGCAGAUAUAAUUGUAUAAACAAGUUUGAUUCAUUAUAGUAAAGAUAACAUCAACGAAAUUUAUCUCAGAAGUGGCGAACGCGCAUUCACCUGUGCGGAAGAGGAUUUAGAAAUUAUUUAAACUAAAGUCUCAGUAUCCUAAGAAAACAAUAAGGGUUUGCUUCUCCAUCCAAAAGUAGGUCGCAAUUGGAAUAUCUAUAGUUUGAAAAGCACGGAUAAUUUCAGAAUUACGAUUUAUUAAAUCAGAUGGCGUCAACUAGGGUAAUUAAUUGCUUUCUUGGAAGAGGAAUAUUUGGAAGACGCUACUUGCUGAUGUAUAACACCUCAAUCUUACCAACGUCUUGUCAUGCACAUCUGCCUUGCAAUAUUGCAAUGGUUAAAUCAUACUCCAAGGUAAAAACAUCGGAGGCCUCCGUCACAAAUAUUGAUCGCAAAACCACGGAUCAAGUCCAAGUUGGAUUUGCGGAAGUAGUCAAGGAGAAUACAAAAUCAGCUUGGUACCUAACUGUUAUUGUAGCUGGCACCGUUGUCACUUCAGCCUUAUUCUUUGCAAUAUUCAGAGAAUUAUUCUCUAGUAAAAGUUCGAACAAUAUUUAUACUAAGGCAUUAGAACGUUGUAAGCAGGAUACAAGGGUGAUCGAUGCACUCGGAGAACCUAUCAAAGCUUAUGGUGAAGAAACCCGCCGAGGUAGACGGGGCCACGUAAGCCACACUUUCUACCAGAAAGAUGGUGUACCCCAUGUGAGAAUGCAAUUCUAUAUUCAAGGGAUACGCAAGCGUGGCACUGUCCAUUUAGACAUGCGAGAGGAUCAAUCAGGAAACUUUGUGUAUAGAUAUUUGUUCAUACAACUUGAAGAUAUGGCGCGUAACGUCAUAGUUCUGGAAGACAACAGAUCGUUGGAGUCUCAAAGUCUGCAAACUCCAGCAGAAAUUUUUCCCAAAGUACUUGUAUAAUAUCAGCCCUGUAUAAUAUUGAAGUACUCGAUGUCUUAUCAGAGAGUCUUCAUUUUUUAAUAAUUGAACCCUAUUGACUGAUGUUGUUAUCCGUAAUUGUCAUUUUGUCGACCAACAAAUGUGAGUCUAAUAAAAUGAUUUAUUUAAUUCGUGA